AUAGGACCCUCCCACUUUCUCUUUCUAGAAUGUAGAGCUACUGACCACAAUUCUCCUUCUUAUAGAAGAAUCUCCUGUGGGUUUUGUCGUCGACUCCUUCCUCUCGAAGUUUCGAUCUUUGAAGCUUCGUCUUCAGCCCGCGGCUCCCCCGAACUCCUCUCCUCCUCCUCUUUUCCUCGGUUCCAGUGAAUCCCUCGGUCUCCGUAAUGGAUCUCGGCUAAAGUUCCCAUUUUGUUUUCAUACGGCCAUCACCUCUUUGACGCAUCCUGGGAUUCCCGCGGUCCCGAUCCCCAAAUCAUCCGCUCCUUUGGAUCGAACGACAGAUGUCACUCCGCUGGUGAGAUCCCUCUAGAAAUCAGGCAGAUAGAUGCGAUGGAGCGAUCACAGAUGUCGGAUGGGGCGGGGUCCGUGGUCGCGAUCGAGUGCGUGGGGGGGAGCUCGAAGGCGGAGGAGUGGGGCGGGGACGUGCCGCAGACGGGGGAUGUGGUGGAGGAGAUCGCGAUCGGGGGAUCGCCGGCGGUGCGCGCGCCGUUCAAGGGCGGGAGAGGUGGGGUCCAGAAGCUCCUCCACUCCGCGUUCAAGCGCCGGGAGACCUCGAUCGCCGUCCGGGUCCGCCGGGGCCAAGAGGAGGCCGUGGAGCUGCAGGCCUGCAUCGUCCCCCACGAGGCCGCCGGCCGGCGCCAGUACGUGCUCCGAUCCAUCCACGACCCCAACUACGCCGUCGGAUUCGUGGAUCGCUCCGAGAACGAGUGCAUCGCGUUGCAAGGUUCAAGGAACUCGAGGGUGGUCUGUGCAUUAAACAACGCUCAGCUCCAGGAUGGAUAUGUACCGUAUCCUUGGGAGAAAAAGCUGAGCGAAUCACUUCCCAUGUCGAACACGAGCUGCUUCCUCUCCAUGCUCAUCCUUCCCAAGGCACUGGAUCCAGCUGCCUCUCGUUACGACUCCAUUGAGGAAACCUUGGCCCGAGCAAACGCUUGGUUCAAUUCCUCUCAGGCCUCAGGAGUCCCGAUUGUGUUCAUGAACGUCCAGACAGAGGCUCUACUUACCAAGAUAUCCGGAGAGACAGCAUCAUCAACCGUGAAUACAGGAUCGCUGUCCGACCUUUCACAUCUUGCGAAUGCUAGCCUUUACGGGUUCGAGGACUACCACGGGGUGGAUAUCGGGGUGGUGAAGGCAGUUCGGCUUUGGUACACCCCAACUGCUGGAGAAAUGCCAGUAGAGAUUAGACUUCGAGAAGGUGACACCAAGCUGGGUUUUGCCAUCAGUCGCACUGACGAGGGUUUUAUCUACAUAUCUUCUGUAAUUGACGACGAAAACGACAAUACCGUGGCUUCAACACGAUCAGGGAUCAGAUAUCUGUACAGAGAGGCAACAAAAGCAUCGAAGCUUUUGGUGAUCUCAAGGGUAGCCAAUGAGAAAGUUCUCCCUUGGAUGGUGUCUUCCUUGGGAGCCGUCCGGUGUUUUGACACCGUCUCGCUCAGCCAGAAACUCUCACUUCAUCGCCAUGCAUUGCGGCCCAUCGUAAUCCAUGUGCUUAUGUGGGAACGACCUUCCAGCAGCGCAGUUGCUCGGUAUAAGUUUACAACACGAUCUUCCGUGCCACCGCCACGGCCGCCGCCACCAGUAGCUGAACUUUCAGAGAGCCUAGCUUUUGGUGAUGCAUCAGAGAUGAGGCUAGAGAGGGACACUGCAGGGAGCAUGUCGUUCAGAUUUCAUGAUUUCUCCCUGCCAAGCAACUGGGUGUGACUCUGGUGAUUUUGCGUUUGUUUCUAUAUGUUUGUGAUUAUAUGAGGUCUGUGUCAGGGCCAACGUGUUACAUUCGGAAGGAGCUUCAUUGGACGAAACCUUAGCGGGGUCUUGACGUCAUCCGAAUUGCAACAUAUGAAUUCGAGUAUGGCCAUCAUCACGGUGCUGCGUUACUCACAUGGGGAAAGUUGUACCGGACCAAUGUUGUGAUAGUAGGGAAAGUAUAAUAUGAAAAAACAAUAAAAAAUAAAAACGUGGAGAUGCCUAUCUUGUCGAUUUCGUUUCU